AUGGGAGUUUACCCCGCGCACGACCUCAAUAUCACCAAAAGCUUUUUCUAUCUUUCAGUUGUCGCCUGCACGCUCUCAAGUAACUCAAUAAUUUUGUUUUCAUUUUUUCAAAACUACAAGAUGAGAACAGUGACGAACACAAUGGUUAUUAACCACUGCCUCACGGACAUGUUGAUGGUAAUGUCAGACGUUGCAUUUUAUAUCACUCCCGGUUACAUCCCCGGUCUAACGGAUAGCUAUGUGUUCUGUACGCUUUCGGUUUUUUUCGACAGCUUAUUCAAAGUAGCUUCGUUUCUUAGCAUGGUUUGCAUCGCGUUUGAUCGGUACCACAACCUCGUCCGAACCGGUCGUAAGAGAAUGACUAAAAAGCGAGUUGCACUUUUGAUAGCUUGGGUCUGGACACAAUCCUCAGUGGUGGCAACUCCGUGGAAUGAACUCAUCAAGAGUGAUACCAGCACCAAUACAAGUGGCUGUGCUUUGGUCAAAACUCUUCCUCUACUCUUAGAGAUAGGAUCUGCUUUCAGUACUCUCUCAGUUGUCUUCAAGAUAACCUCCCUCCUCCUCCCUCUACUUGGUAUCUACUGCAUUUCGUUUCGCAUCUUCAGCGCAGGACGAACAAGGCGGAGGGUCGACAUUCAACACCGCUCCAACAUUCAACGCCGUUUUUCACCGACACACUUCGCCAACCGAACUGCUCGAGCAAAGAUCACUGCGAUUUUAUUGCUCGGUAUCUACACAGUUUUUACAGCGCCAUUUCUUGGCACUGUUAUGUGGACGAUGUUUUCCAAUAAUCGCGCCCUUGAACCAAGCGCAGCAUUCGCUGUAAACUUCUGGCUUCGUCUGAAAGGUGUUUUAUUUCCAAUUCUCUACAUUACAAGAAACCGCGUCGUCUUAAACUCCGUCCAGAAACUGGUUUGCUGCAAAUCACGAACUCCUUACUCUUCGGAUGCCUUCGUAAUCCCUGGUAUUAGAAAAAGAGGUAUCCUCAAGAACCACCCCGAAGGACCGGCACAACGUAUUAGUUUAAGAGGUCAUGGAACGGUAGAAGAGCUGGGAAUUCUCUGUAUAGCGAAAAAUGCAUUACCAAAGCCAGUUAAUUUUACAGAUCUAAGUAAGGAAAGACGCGUUUCUAUUACAGAAGAAACAUCGAUAUAA